UAUAUAUAUAUAUAUAUAUUAUUUUUGUGGUAUGCUCAAUACGACAUUUUCUUUAUUCUUCUCUUUUUUUUUGUUUUUUUCACAAGAUGGCAAAGAGUUAUUGAUCGUGAAAAAGAGAAAAAGAAAAGGAUAUGUCUACUUUUAUAUUUGCCCCAAAUUGGGUUACUUAUCCAAACCAACAUAAAACCUUAAAGGAGUCUGACGAAUUUCCUGCUUUACUUGGCCAUAAUAGCAAUAACAAUGUCACCCAAAAAGAAACGGAUAAUAACAAUAUUUGGUCAAAUUUUGAUAUGAUACACAAACUUCAUCAUUUAGCUCAAGAUGAAGCCACAGUUGAAAAUGAAGAAUUAGAAGAAAGAAGAUACGAAUUGGAAAGACUAAAAGCACUUGUGCCAAAGACAAGAAAGUCAUUGUCAGCUUCAACUUCCACAUCUUCAACAACAACAACAAUUCCCUCUGCUUCUAACCCAAAAAAGCAAAACAAUACUAAAAAGGUUGACAUAUCUUCUCGAUCAAAGAAACCAACAUCAUUGUUUACUAGUAAACAAAAUGUUAUUCUAGAGAAAGAAAAAGACAUGACUAAUACUGAUGCCAACAAGGCCUAUUUGACCAAAGAAGAACAACGACAUUUUAUCUAUUUUAUCCAGUCUUGGACUUCAACAGGUUUUUCGUCGCAUUAUUAUUCAGCAAACGCAGACGCAAACAAUAGUAAUCAUUCAUAUUUUUAUCGUAAUCCCUUCCCAAAUUGACUUUAUCGAUAUAUAUAUAUAUAUAUAAAA